UCUUUUAGAUUUCCCUCUUGUUUUCUGAAAACUCUCCCACUUUCCUCUCCAUCUCUUCCUCUAUUCCAAUCUCUCUCACGAGACGCGUCGGACUAUCCUCACGAAAACGUUCGCUGCGCUCCUCUCUCACGAACCUGCUCGAUGUCGCGCGCUGGUCGUCCGCUGUCAUAGCAGUUGGUGGUCCGCCCGCGCCUCCAGUAGUCCCCGCUGCACGGCCAUACGAUCCAAUAUCUCUUUCUCAGUGCCACUCUAAGUAUCGUGGAUUUCAUAUAAAAGAUAGAAUACUUUCUUCACGGCUACUAUCUUCCCGUGACAUGGCAAUGUGACUGGCACUGGUAUGCUGCGACUCAUUCACUUUGUUGAAGCUGCAGUCUCCAUUGAGUAUGGCAGAAGUCGUUGCUCCAAGUUCUUUGCCUUCAGCUUCUCAUGAUAUUGGUGGAGGGGCUCCAAAGACUGGGAAAUCAAUCUUAAUUAGAAGAAAAACCCCAUCAGAACUAAGGGCAGAGCAGUUGAAGAGAUCGAACGAUUUGAAACUUCUGGAUGAAUCUCCUUCCGCUGCUUUUGCUUCCAACAAUGCUUUGGGCAAUGGGUUCAAGAAGCCAGGGUUACUCAGAAAUCCUAGAUACAUUGAUACACGCAUGGAUGAGGUAUUUCAAGUAAAAAAAUCUAGGCUUAGGAUCUUAUCCGGGAAAGAUAAUCCUAAGGAAAAUAGUCCGAUGGAGCAGACUAGCAGUUUCAUGAAUAUAUCUCUGCUUUCAAAUUCGAAUACAAGUCAAUGCAAGGGAAAUUCUGUUGGUCAUGCUGAUGUUGCCCUGGAUAAGACUGUUAAAUCUUCUCAAACAGUUGAGAACAGUAGCCAAAGUGUAUUUCGAAGUGUCACAGAGCUCUCAUCUGGUGGUGACAAAUUGACUGGCUUGACAAGCAUUGAUAUGGGCAAAGCAUUAAAAGGACUUUUUGCUCGUGAAACCACUUCAGUUUCUAGUUUACCACCAGACUCUUCCAAGAGAUUCAACAAUGCUUCAUCAACUUAUCCAAGUGAUUUAUGUGGUGAAAUCUGCAUACUAGGUCAAAAGGCUCCACUUGAUUUUACUUUAAAAACUAGCAUGCGAGUGGUGUCCUCCUCCUCACUCAGUUGGAUCCACAAGAUAAUUGUGUCUGCUUCUAUGCCUCAGUUCUCAAUACAAGAUGGUUCACAGGAUCAAGUUAGGAACUGUGGUGGAGAUCUGCCACCAGCUUCUCAAGCCUCAGGCCCUUUGAUUCUCCAUUCAUGGGUUUAUCCUCAAUCUACCUUGCCAUCUUCUCUUGUUUCAGUCUUGAAUUCUUCCGGAACAGUAGAAGCUGAGUUCCUCAGCAGACGUCAACAAGCAUGGGAGGACUCAUUUCAGAGCCUCUAUUAUAUGCUUCGGAAUAAUAUUUGUAGAGUUUUUUAUGUUUGCACAUCACAAUUUGUGGUCAUGUUUACAAGUGGAGAUGCUUCUGGGGGCAACAAACACAUGUGCAAUGCAUAUAUUUCCCAGUCAACAAGAGGCUUGAGGUCUAUUUUGAGCGAGAAUGGUGUUUGUUUCUCUAUGCCUCUUUGCCGUUCUAAAGUUGAGCAAGUUAACGCUGAAGUUCUGGUUGAACUUUCAGAGAUAGAGAAGUAUAAUUUGGGACAGACACAAAGAGAUCGUUCAUUUUCUGAUGUAGAUAAGAGCUGUCAAUCUUUACUGUUUUUCAGCGAAAACAAAGAUGUGCACAGAUUGUAUGAUAUCCUGUUAAAUUACAGAUCUUUCUUGACUUCAUUAGCUGUCAUGGAUGUUCCUGUAUUGUUAUCACCUGUUCUCUUUCGGAAUGCUGCUCUUUCUUCGCCUCAGGUCAAGUUCAAGGAGAUGAGAAGUGCAAACUGUAUUGCCGCAGUACCUAAAGGACGCACAUCGAAAGAUGGAGAUUCAACUAGUCCCUCAUCUGUUGGUGUCUCUUAUAGCCUUGAAAUUAGUGAUGCAUAUAUUCCACCCUGGGUUGUUUCCAGCGUAUGUGCAGUGAUGGCCAUGGGUUCCAAAGGAAAAAGCUUCGAGGCUAGCUUCACUACAGACGCUAUCUCAACCGGCUUGAAUGUUGCUCUUGGAUCGGUAGACGCUGAUGAAUCCAAUUCUCCAGCUAAAGCCAUUGAAGGCCUCAAACCUAUCAACCAUGUCUUUGGAAUACCGGAAGUGAUUGCUUCCUUAUCCUUGCGUGCAGGUUUUUUAAGGAGUUUAAAGUACUCCGACGGUUCUUUUACGGCCUCUCUCUCUCCUGCAUGACUUGCUUCAUUUUGUUAUAUUUAAAGCCUUAUGAUUACGACAGUAUGACGAUCGUUCCUUUGUUAUUUAUCUUGUAUAUACUUUGUACAAUUAGAUUUUGAGUAGCACUAAUUGAUCCAUUUCUUUUGUGGACGUUGAUUGACCAGCAUUGAGAAAGAAAGAAAAAAACUGUUUUUAUCGGUUUUAUGUUGAGUUGAGUUGAUAAAUGUUGAACGAGUCUGUAAGUUUAACAAUUUCAUGGUUUUGUGAUAUUACGGGUGUGGGGUGCGGUGAAUUGUUGGAAGUAAGUUUGUUACACUUGGGAACCUUUAAUUUUAUUAAUUACCUACCUUGCUAAA